ACCUUAAUAUGUUUCACGUCUAAAAUCGAUCGUUCGUAGAUUGUACAAACAUUGAGGAAUAAUCAUUUUUAAUAAUCUAGAAAAUCACUAAAAGUUUAAUGUAAAUAUAUCAAUCGAUUAAUGAAAUCCGUAUAAUAUUAUUAAAAAUUGUGAAGAAAUAAUAUUUUUACGUGUUACUAUAUUAUACAAUUUAAAAAUGACAGAAGAAGGAAAAAAAAUUUCGUUUGGUUUUGCAAAAACUAUUAAAAAACCUGUAUUAAAAAAUACACUUUCUCAGGAACAAAAAAAAGUUGACUAUAUUGAAUGUCUUGAUGACAAAAGUAUUAAAGUAAUAGGAGAAGAAGAAAAGAAAGAUGAACCUCUGGUCAUUCCUUUGUUGGGCUCUGAAACGUGGCAUGAUAGAAUUAUCAAUAAAAUUGAUGCUGAUAUUUUUGAGCCCAAACCAGUGCCAAAUGAAGAAAAAGUGAAAGUAAAAAGUGAUAUUAAACUAGAGCCAAGUAACAAAAUAGCUAAUGGAAAUGCAACACCAAUUCAUACAGAUAUUCCUUCUACGAAUAUUAAAACAGAACCAGUAGAUACAACUACUACAGAAACGACAUUGGAAGAACAGGCAGCUAAAGAAAUUAUAGAAGAUUUAAGAUCUACAGGAAAAAAGGAAGAAUCUAAAGUGUUAACUUUAUCUAUAACGGAAGAAGAAAAAGCUUUGAGAGGACAAGAAGAAUCUACUUUAGAAGAUUAUGAACGAAUUCCAAUAGAUGCGUUUGGUCUUGCUAUGUUGCGUGGAAUGGGAUGGCAACCAGGACGAGGAAUUGGAAAAAAUGAGAAAGUAGUCUCAACUGUUAUACCUGAAUUACGUCCAAAAGGAAUGGGCCUUGGAGCAGACAAAGUAACAUUACAAAAACAAGCAACUAACUCUAAAGAUAAACAAGAAGAAGAAAUAAAAAUUAAAAAGGGUACAUAUGUGAAGAUCAUAAGCGGCAAAUAUGUUAACACUUAUGGUCAAAUAGAAGGAUUAGAUGAUGAUGCAGGAAGAUUAAUAAUAAAAAUGGCUUUGGGAGGAAAUGCUAUUUCUUUAAACGAAUUUAUAGUUCAACCUGUUACAAAAGACGAAUAUAUUAAGAAAGCUAAAGUUUUAAAUGUAGCAAAGUACGAGGAAUAUAAAAAAAAAGAAGCAACUGAAUUAGAAAAAUCUCCAUCUUCUGAAAGAAGCAAAAGUAAUCAAAAUAGUGAAAAGGAGCAAUAUGAAAUGGAUGAAAAAGGUAAUACUGAAAGACACACUAAAAGAAAAAAGAAAAAAGAUGAUAAUAAAAAGAAAACGAAAAAGCACAAAAGACAGUCGUCCGACAGUGAUAGUAGUAUUGAAAGAAAAAACAGAAAAAGAAGAAGUUCUAGUAGUAGCAGUAGUAGCAGGCAUAAGCCAAAAAAAUCUAAGAAAACUAAAAAACACAAAAAGUACGAUAGUUCGCCAGAACAAUCAAGUAAAAAGCGAAAGAAGAAAGAUAAGGAACGUGAAAAAACAAAAGAUAAAUAUAUUCGUAAUUGUGAAACAUUAGAUAGAAGGAAACGUAAAGAAAAAAGAUCACGAUCUAGAUCGCCAAAGAAAAGAUCCAGAUCGAGAUCCAGAUCAACUAGAAGAUGAUGUACAUUUGUUAAAAUUGCAUUAAUAUUCCUCAUUUAACCGCAAACUUCUAUUGUAUUAUUUCAUUUAUAUAUAAUUUUUUUCUCUUAAUAAAACUUAUUUUUACAUAA